CGUCACUUCCGGUCUUAGUUGGACAGUAGUAGAAAAAAAAUUGGUAGCCAUGAAUUUCAGCUAGCUAGCCACCGAGAACUGUCUGUGCACUUGAGUCAGACCAUCCAUGUCAAGACACAAAAAGCAUUUUCGAAGUCUUGUGGCGCUUUUGUGUACAUAUAGGGGCACGCCAGCCUACCUGCCGGUCUACUGUGAACCAAUCCAGCUGGCACAGUGACUAGAUCAGAACACAUUGGCACUGUUUUGUGCCAGUUCUAUUGAAGACCUAGGAAUUUCCAAAUCCAGAAGAUGAACGGGUUGUCUAUACGAGAGCUAUGCUGCUUAUUCUGCUGCCCUCCCUGCCCCAGCCGCAUUGCGGCCAAACUGGCUUUCUUACCACCAGAGCCCACCUAUGCCCUUCUUCCUGACCCAGACCCAGGUUCUGGAACUGGAGCUGCACCUGGGUCUAGUUCUGGAGCUGCUUUGCCAUCACUCGGAGCGCCAGGAUUGCGUUCCCGACUGAACACUAGUAGUGGAAGUGACAGGGGGGGGGGAGGAGGAGGGGGAGGAGGAGGAGGUGGUGGUGGUGGCGGCGGCAGUGGUGGAAGCGGCAGUGGCAGUAGUAGUGUUGGUGGGGGCAGCGUCAGUGGCGCCGCUGCUGGUGGCAGCACCAGCACCAGUACCAGUGGAGGUGCAGGAGAAGGCCGAUGGAAGCUGCAUCUCACAGAGAGAGCAGAGUUCCAGUAUACGCAGAGAGAGCUCGAUGUGACUGACGUGUUCUUGACCAGGUCCAGCCGAGGAAACAGGGUUGGAUGCAUGUACAUUCGCUGUGCACCCAAUGCCAGGUUUACAGUUCUGUUCUCCCAUGGUAACGCGGUAGAUCUGGGCCAGAUGAGCAGCUUCUACAUCGGCUUGGGGACCCGCAUAAACUGCAACAUCUUCUCCUACGAUUACUCAGGCUAUGGCGUUAGCACUGGCAAGCCGUCUGAGAAGAACCUUUAUGCUGACAUUGAUGCUGCUUGGCAUGCCCUGCGCUCCCGGUAUGGCAUCAGCCCUGAAAAUAUCAUUCUGUAUGGCCAGAGCAUCGGCACAGUGCCCACAGUAGACUUGGCAUCACGGUUUGAGUGUGCUGCUGUUGUGCUCCACUCUCCCCUCACCUCUGGCAUGAGGGUGGCUUUUCCUGACACCAAGAAAACAUACUGCUUUGAUGCCUUUCCUAACAUAGAGAAGGUGUCGAAGAUUCCAUCUCCAGUGCUCAUCAUCCACGGUACGGAGGACGAGGUAAUCGACUUCUCGCACGGCCUCGCCCUUUUCGAGCGCUGUCCCAAGGCCGUGGAGCCCCUGUGGGUGGAGGGGGCAGGGCACAACGAUAUUGAGCUUUACAGUCAGUACCUGGAGAGGUUACGACGCUUCAUCAACCAGGACCUGGCCGCACAGCACGCCUGAGAAACAGACGCCCACCUCUCUACGUUUGUGUGAAUGAGUUUGUGUGUGGGACUGAGUGCGAAACAAGGCAUCUGGGUGAAAAACAGACCUAAAGCCGAUGUGUAAUUUUUGUUACAUCUGUGUGUCUUUGAUGCAGCACACCUUUCAGGUUAAUGAUCAUCACAACCUAUCUACUGCUUCCUCUUUUAAAGGUGAGACCAUUUUUUUUUCCAUCAUCUUCUAUCUGCAUGGUGGAGUGUGGUAAAAUGCUCCUAACAGAACCCAAGGUGAAACAACUUCACACAAAUGCAGUUUUUAACUCAUGGGGUGGGUUAAUGUGAUCCCAGGAACAGCAAUGUGCUUUGUCCAAAAAGGCCCACAGAUGUCAUUGUAAGUGAAUGUAUGCGUGUGUGUGUGUUGAGUUCACAUCGUCCUGCGGCGCCUGAGUAACGCGUGCAUGUUCUUGAGCGUGUUGAUGAGAUGCAGCGCUGACAGAAAUGAAGGACAUCUUAAUGACUCGGACAGCUGCAAGUGGAGGAGGCACAUGGAGACUCCAUACUGGUUUUGUUUUUAUUUGUGUGUCUGUAUGAAUGAAGAAUACCUCCACAGCUCGACCAAGUCACUCUCUAAACUGGUCAAGUGUCCUCCUCCUCCUCCUCCACCUCCUGUUUACCUGUUAAUGGACAUCCAUCUGACUGCCAGGGCAUUUCCCAAGUAGUUGUCAAGCUAACACUAAAUCCGUUUGUGUGCUUUGGGGGUCCAUCACUUUUUUUUGUUGUAGUCACCCACGGUGGACGGCAUUGCAGAGUCAGGAAUACGUCAGAACUUGGCUGGUGGGUGUCUCGUAGUUCUUGCUCCUUCACGUCUGCCUUCUGAAUUUGAAACAGGAUUUGGAGCCACGCUGAGUAUGGGUGCUGUUCUUUGGCAUUAAGAUUAAAAUCAGAAUCAUGUCACUUUAGAGCAGUUUACUGUAAAACCAAAAGCUGCAGCCCCACAGUGUUUGCUGGUAGUGACAGCAGGGCUAGGUCAGAUUUGAAGGUAGAGUUUAACACUUAGAACUUUCUUUUUCACCUUUUUGUUAGUUGGGGCAAAUGAUUCACAGAGCUGCAGAAAAAGCUAAAUAAUGAAACACAUUUUCCCAAAGUUGAACUAUUUCAUCAAGUCUGAGUUGUGGAGCACGUCCCUUUUGCCUAACGGCCCCUUUUUGGAGCUCAGUGUUGUGGCUGAGUCUUCGGUUUGUUCCACGUGAAAUCCUCACACUAACAGAUUCACGCCGACUGACUUGUAGCCUUACAGCACAGCUCAUUUUCCAAGUCUCGUUCCAGUAGCGCUCAUCGGCAGAGUUAGACGCUCUCCUGCUCACACGCACCCUCAGCACAUUUUUGUCGUCUCGAUGUUAAAAAUUGAAACCUGUUCGUUUAGGGAAGUAGGCUGCGUGUUUCUGAACCCUGUGUGUUGAUGCUAUGAGUAAUAGCAUGACGUGGGCCGCGUGCCGGGACGGGACCUCCAUAGCUCGGUUUUAUCCUCUGUGGCACUAAGUGUACAGGAGCUCUCUUAUGGGUGGCAGCACACUUCAUGUCUGACACAAGCCAUGUUUGAGCCUCUCACUGUUGGCGUGGUGCAGGUUACACCACCCACACGUUUGCACAUCAUUACACAUACAUUUCCAUAAACAUACUAAAUACACAUGUAGUAGACAAUGCAUUUACACAUUUAUAUAUAUCAGAUCAAGCAUGACAAAAGCAGGUCUUAAGUUUAGCACUAUUGUACAAAGCAUCCAAAGUGUAAUAAGGGUAUAAAAAGU